CAGAAUCAUCGAGAGCGACAGAGUAUCUGUAUUAGGCUCAUUGAGCUAAGACUAGAAUUUUUGCAAGGUUUUUUCAUGUAUAAACAGCCUCUGGUUCUUGACACGAGCCUUAUUUCGCAGAGCGCAUACAUGGGGUUUUCGGGUAUCAUUAUUAUUAUCUGGCUAAAUCUCAUGCAACUGUUUCUUCUGAUGGUUACUUCAUCCUCCUUACAUCUAGGAGGGAAUGAGACAGAUAGAAAGUCCUUGCUUGCAUUUAAAGCUGAAAUUGUGAAUGAUACACUGGGCAUUCUUAGUUCAUGGAAUGAAUCCCUCCACUUCUGUCGGUGGCAAGGCAUUACUUGUGGUCGUAGGCAUCAGAGAGUCACCGUGCUGGACCUCCAAUCAAGUCGGCUGAACGGUCAGCUAUCCCCCUACAUCGGAAACUUGAGCUUUCUCAGAACUUUAAACCUCCAAAACAACAGCUUCAACAACACCAUCCCUCAAGAAAUUGGUCGUUUGUUCCGUCUGCAACAACUACUCCUUGAAAACAACUCCUUCAGUGGUGAUAUUCCAUUCAACAUAUCACGUUGCUCUAACCUCCAAAUACUAUUCAUAAAUGGAAACCAUCUUAUGGGUAAAAUUCCAAUUGAAAUUGGUUCCUUGUCCAAGCUUCAGGAACUGUUUUUAAGAAGUAACAAUUUAAGAGGGGAAAUCCCACCUUCUUUGGGAAAUCUUUCUUCUCUCCGGUGGUUAGAUGUGCAAGAAAAUAAUUUGCGUGGAGCUAUUCCGAAUACCCUUGGCCAUUUGAAAAGACUAACAUAUCUUUCAUUGGGUGAAAAUUAUUUGAACGGUACCAUCCCUCCCUCCAUAUACAAUCUCUCAUCAAUUAAACUCAUUUCUGUGCUUCAAAACGAACUGCAUGGAACUCUUCCACCUGGGUUGGGCCACACUAUAUUUCCAAACCUCCAACAAUUUUAUUUCGAGAUCAACCAAUUCAGUGGACCGAUACCAAAUUCAAUCUCCAAUGCCUCAAACCUUUCACUUUUUUCAAUCUCAUUCAAUGAGUUUACUGGAAAAGUGCCUAGUCUGGCACGCCUGUCAAAUUUACAUUUUUUAUCACUUGCCAAUAACAAUCUUGGAAAUGAUGAGGAAGGUGACUUGGAUUUCAUCUCUUCUCUAGUUAAUUGCACCAAAUUAACGUACUUCGCUUUUAGUUACAAUAGUUUUGGAGGAGUGCUACCUGAAUCCAUCAGCAAUCUCUCAACAGAGCUCAAGUCCAUGUUAUUUGGUCGUACCCAGAUUCGCGGAAGAAUUCCCAUAGGAAUCGGAAAUCUAAUGAACUUGGAGGUACUAGCCUUUGAGGAAAACCUAUUGACGGGCACAAUACCAAGUUCUAUUGGUAAACUGAAAAGGCUGGAUGCUCUGUAUAUGAACGAGAAUAAACUAUCAGGUAUCAUCCCAUCUUCUAUUGGAAAUCUAACUUCAAUGACCAGGUUGAUUCUCAUGUCAAACAAGUUAGAAGGCAACAUACCGCAGAGUCUCGGAGAAUGCAAGAAUCUUCUACUUUUAUUUCUUUCCCAAAAUAAUCUUCGCGGUCAAAUUCCUAAAGAAGUUAUUGGUUUAGCAUCCUUGUCAGUAACUUUGGAUCUAUCCAGCAACAAGCUUACUGGAUCCAUACCAAUGGAGGUAAGCAACUUGAUGCAUCUAGUUUCCUUGGAUGUUUCUGACAAUAGGUUAUCUGGUGAGAUUCCACGAGGCUUAGGGAGUUGUACAAGUUUGGCGACUCUGAAUCUGAGUGGAAACUCAUUGCAGGGGACCAUUCCUGAAUCCUUGAGCUCUUUGAGAGGGAUUGAGGAUUUCGACCUCUCUCGCAACAACUUGUCUGGCAGUAUUCCCAGCUAUUUGGAGAGUUUCCGCUUCUUGGUGAAUUUGAACCUCUCAUUUAAUGAUUUUGAAGGUGCAUUACCAAUGAAAGGAGUUUUCGAGAAUACAAGUGCGCUUUCUGUCACUGGAAACUCACGGAUUUGUGGAGGUAUACCUUCUUUAAGAUUGCCCAAAUGCGUCUCCAACCAUUCUAAGCAAGGCUUAUCUUCUAGGCUGAAAAUAAUUAUCUCAGCUGGUUGUGGGGUUGUUGGAUUGAGUUUUGCGAUUUUGUUUGUGAUUCUUUACCGAUCAAGAAAAGCAAGAGGAGUGAAGUCAACUUCAGGAUCAUCAUUGGGGGUUUCACUUUUGAAGUUGUCCUACAGAGAUCUCCUUAAAGCAACUGAUGGGUUCUCUGCAGCCAAUUUGAUUGGUGCUGGUAGUUUUGGGUCCGUAUAUAAGGGAAUACUCGAUCAGUAUGAAGGAAGAAUUGUUGCAGUGAAAGUACUCAAUCUUCAAAGUGCAAGAGCUUCCAAAAGUUUCAUUGCUGAAUGUGAGGCUCUGAGAACCAUUAGGCACCGAAAUCUUGUCAAGCUACUGACUGCCUGUUCAAGCAUCGAUUUUCAAGGGAAUGAUUUCAAAGCUUUGGUUUAUGACUUCAUGGUGAAUGGAAGUCUCGAAGAAUGGCUACAUAAUUCAGCUCAACGGGGCGACAAUCCAACCAAUCUGCAAAAGAAUCUGGAUCUUAUUCAGAGAGUAAACAUUGCAAUUGACAUAGCGUGUGCUCUGGAUUAUUUGCACAACCACUCUCACAUGCCAAUAGUUCAUUGUGAUUUAAAGCCAAGCAACAUUCUCUUGGAUGGUGACAUGACUGCAUGUGUUGGUGAUUUUGGUUUGGCAAGGUUCCUCCCAGAGGCUUCUUGUCCAUUUCCUGUGCACGAGAGCUCUUCCAAUGCAAUAAAAGGCUCCAUAGGCUAUACAGCCCCAGAGUAUGGAAUGGGAAGCAAGGUGUCAACAUAUGGCGACAUGUAUAGCUACGGAAUCCUGUUGUUGGAGAUGUUAACAGGCAAGAGGCCAACAGAUAACAUGUUUAAAGAUGGUAUGGACCUGCACUAUUUUGUUACGAUGGCUCUACCAGAACGUGUGGAAGAAAUAUGUGAUCCACUACUUGUUCAAAUGGAAGAAAGCAGCAGCAGUACUAAUCCCAUAAGUAAUAGGGGGAAUCAAGUCCCAAAUGAUCAAAGACAAAGGGUUGUGGAGUGCUUGACUUCCAUUGCAAGAAUAGGAGUUGCUUGUUCUGCAGCAAUGCCGAGAGAUCGAAAGGACAUAAGCAAUGUUGUCACUGAGUUGUGUCUAACAAGGGAUGUGCUAACUGGAACAAGGAGGCCUAGAGAGCAUCUGUGAUCAUGGCCCCGACGUAGUGAAUCCCAUGACGUGCUUCUAUUUUUCAUGGUGAUCUUCUUAAUGAUGACGGGGAGGAGUUGAACGAGGGAAUUGAAUUUUCUUUUGUUGCAAUUGUUUUUUUUUUUUGCAUGUUUAAUGUUCUUAUUAAAAUAUGUAAUUAUUCAUAUUUUCAUUUCCAUAAUUUAAGUCCUGCAUCCAUGACUGA